AUCUUAGCCAGAAAUAUGCUUGCCCAGCUGGCGCUCAUCAUCCUGUAAAGAUAUCGCUUGUAUCUCCGUAUCCUUUCUUUCUCUCACUCGUGGAUUGCGAGCCAAAUUGAUGUCAUGGUUUUCAUACCCUCUCGAGAUCAGCUCCAGCACCAGGUUCUCUCUCCCCGUGCUACCGACGGCAGUGAUAGUACCGAUGAUGCUUGGGGUCCUAUGCAGAUAACAGCCCCCAUAAUUGUUGGCGUUGCACUCAUCAUAAUCUUUGCUGCGUACUUGAUGUGGUACAAAUGGUCAGACCACUUCAAAGUCCACUUUCGCCGAGUUCGACAUGCAGUAUCCGUCUCGAGACCUGCACAGGUCUUCAUGCCUCAAUACCGUCAUCGAGUGCAGCAUGCUAGCAUUCCCUUUACACUGGAUUCAUCCAUGGGCACCCCACGUUACACGCGAAGAUACCACUCAUAUGUUCGAUCGGACUCAACUGAUUCACAAACACCACUAGCAGACUCCUUCGAUUUCCCUUUCCCACCCCACAACAACUAUAAUUCCGAUUCUUCUCGCAGGCAAAUGCCUGAGGAGUCUCACCAACCUGGGAGGCGGUCAUGGCGAUGGUGGCGCCUUUUUGGCGUGGGGAUUCGAGAGGUCAAGCCACAAGUACCAAGUCAUCGCUGGGUGGUAGAGGGUCCUGAUGAGAGUAGUACUCUGGGACACGGGGAUGGGUCGCUAAACAGCCCAAGCUUUGCACCGAGACAAAGAUGGAUCGGUGGUCUUCCGCCGGUGCAUGAACAGUCGAUUGAUGACGAGGGUGAUCCCAGUCGAGGAUAUCAUGGCGGGGUCAUGCAAAUUGGAGAUGAUUUCUCUACACACGAAGCACCCUUGACUCCAGCAUACCACCAAGGUGUUACAGUGCCUGUGCCCCCUGGGUCAGCUCCCACUUCGGCCAGAACGGCUGCACCGGAAUACAGUGCAGUCGAAGGUCCACAAUCGAUAUCUAAUUCACGGACCGUGACAACCGCGCCAACAACUUAUAUUCCACAAUCCUCCUACUAUACUCCAGGACCUACCCACAGCAACUCGCCCGCCCCUCCGUACAGUUCGGCUUCACAAAGCAGAAAUGUGUCCAUGGAACAUGUCAUCCAUCAUGCCCGCUCUGACCUAUCAAUGCUCUAUCCAGGGUCGGUGCGCGCCGUAGGACGGACUCUCCCGCAUAUGUACCAGCAUGAACGACAAAUGUCGACAGAGAGCAUGCUUGCAAACUCAUCUCCCAUGGUACCACAGAGCAUGUACUAAUCAAUCGCAUUCCUCGAUAUCCAAGAGGAUGAAUAGACGCCUGUGGACGUUGUACUCAAAAAAAAAGAAGUUCGUCAAGACUGAUAAUAUUUUGUAUUAUCACCACUCGUAGCACAACGCCCGUCCCCCCUGCUUCACGCAGUUCCAUAGCGUCCUUUGGCCCGUACCGCGCCUAUCCGCACAGUCGUAACUCCUUCGCGUUCGUCCGCUCGCAUAUUUUUAUAUUAUCUUGCCGUUUUGUGCCAUGUCUAGCACUCAGAAAAGGACUCAUUCAUCUCUUUGGUUGUAUCUUUCCUAGCCAUUUAGUGUGCUUGUCUUAGCUUUUCUGUUGUAUCAGCGGUAUUUUUAAGCCCCAACAACUAAUCAAUUGUAGUGCUGCUAUCGUUUCUGCUGGAGA